AUGGUGGUCCACAUGGUGGACGCGGUGAGAUUUCGGGUUCAAGCCCAGGCUCAUGGCCAGGAGGCUCGUGACCGGGAGGACUUCUGUGGCAGGCUGGGUGCAGUGCAUGCUGACCAGGUUGCCAGGUGUACGGUGUUUCCUCCGACACAUUGGUGCGGCUGGCUUCCGGAGGCCCAGGAGAGGCCCUACUAUGCAGACUACUCCCCGGUGCGUCUCACCAUCCACACGUUGUGCACCAGCCACUACCUGGACCUCUUCAUCACCAUCAUCAUCGCUACCAACGUCCUCACCAUGAGCAUGGAGCACUACAACCAGCCGCAGUAUCUGGAGGAGGGGUUGAAGUAUUGUAACUACGUCUUCACUCUCGUGUUUGUUAUCGAGACGGUCCUCAAACUCAUCGCCUUCGGGCUGAGACGCUUCUUCAAGGAGAGAUGGAACCAGCUGGACCUGGCCAUAGUGUUGUUGUCCGUCAUGGGCAUCACUCUGGAGGAGAUUGACCUUAACGCAUCACUGCCCAUCAACCCCACCAUCAUACGCAUCAUGAGAGUACUGAGGAUCGCUAGAGUGUUGAAGCUGUUGAAGAUGGCAACAGGGAUGAGAGCUCUACUAGACACUGUGGUUCAGGCCCUGCCUCAGGUGGGGAAUCUGGGUCUCCUCUUCAUGUUGCUGUUCUUCAUCUAUGCAGCACUGGGAGUGGAGCUGUUUGGGAAACUGGAGUGUUCCGAGGAGAACCCGUGUGAGGGUCUGAGUCGUCACGCCACGUUCCAGAACUUUGGCAUGGCGUUCCUCACCUUGUUCCGCGUUUCCACCGGUGACAACUGGAAUGGAAUUAUGAAGGACACGCUGCGGGACUGUCGUCCAGAGGACCGCUCCUGUCUGUCCUACCUUCCUCUGGUUUCUCCGGUCUACUUCGUGACCUUCGUCCUGACGGCCCAGUUCGUGCUGGUCAACGUGGUGGUGGCGGUGUUGAUGAAACACCUCGAGGAGAGCAACAAGGAGGCACAGGAGGAGGCAGAGGAGGAGGCCAAGGAGGAGGAGGCGCGUCAGGAGGAGGCCAGGCAACAGGAGGCGCGACAGGAGGCCAUCUGUCCCUUUAGCAACGCCACAGUGGGCGGCGUGGAAUCAUCUGGACAGGUUGUGGAAGAAGAGCGUUGUCGUGGUAGCCUGCUGACGGCGGGCCGGCCGUCUCUGUCUCGUAUGAUGUCUCUGCCUAGCGACAGCUACAUGAUCCGCCCCCUACAGCCUCUCGAACACACCCGCUACCCUCCCAUUGGCCACGACACCUACAAGGGAUGUGGUUUCUCAGGGUCUGUCUACUCCAUGGGUUCUAGCGGAGCAGGAUCCCUACUGCAGGUCCCGGGGGCGUUACCGUCUGGAAGCCACGCAUCCCUCAGCUCCAGGGGCUCCAGCUGCAGACCCACAGUCAGGCUCAGCCACUCCCACAGCGUAGACAGACACUCCCUCUCCAUGGCGAGACACACCCCCAGGAGGCCUGGCCACGUUGACAGCAGACGGGCCUCUUAUAUACAUAGCCCAUCCCACAGUAUGGACACACAUAGUUACAGACUCAGCCCUGCUCAGAGCAUCGACAGAGACUCCUCCCGUUAUAUCCACAGCCCCUCCCACAGCAUGGACAGUAGACACACCCCUUAUUUCCACAGCCCCUCCCACAGCAUGGACAGUAGACACACCCCUUAUAUCCACAGCCCCUCCCACAGCAUGGACAGUAGACACACCCCUUAUAUCCACAGCCCAUCCCACAGCAUGGACAGUAGACACACCGUUUAUAUCCACAGCCCCUCCCACAGCAUGGACAGUAGACACACCCCUUAUGUCAGUAGCCCCGCACACAGCAUCAAUAGACACACCCCUCAUAACAAUAGACACACCUCUCAUACGAGUAGCCCAUCCCACAGCAUGGACAGACAGCCGGGACCCAGUUCCUCCCUCAGUGUGAGAAGACAGCUGAGGAGACAGGAGGCGGUGCGUUGUGACUCUGAGGACCUGAGCUGCAGUUCCACCGACGAUCUGCGGGGGAGCUCUGUCGGCGGCACCCACCUCACCGUACCCAGCAUGCACCUCUCACCGCUACCCAGCCUGCCCCCUGGUGGUAACACACACCUGGACACGACAGACAACCCACAGACACCCCAGAGGCCUGAGGUACCCCAGACCCCAGGCCCCAGCCUGUCCCUCUCCUCCACACCCCCCAGCCCCAACCUCACCAUCUCUACUCCCUCCACUCCCCAGAGCCCUCAGACCAGCUUUGACCCAAAGCAGAGUUCUGCCUUCAGCCGUGAUCCAUUUCCCCUCGGUUCCAGUCCUAGCCGUCUCCCCACUUCCCUUCUAGAUGAGACUGAUGAUGAAGUCUGUCACAUCACACACCACGCGUCCAGCCCCUCACACACACCUGAACACACACACCACACGUCCAGCCCCCCACACACACCCUGCUCUCCCCACACCUCCCUCCAUGCCUGCCUCUCAUUUGAAGAGGACCAGAGGAGCCGGUGUCUCAGCAGCCAAUCGGCGUCUCCCGUUCGAGAGUGGACCAGGAAGCAGAGGAUGAGCCCGCCCUGCAUCUCCGUAGCCCCACCUGCUGAAGCCCAGGUUUCCACGGUGACCCAGUCGACGGACAGCAGCAUGCAUCUGAGGAGGCGGACCCUGUCGGUUGACUCCGCCUCUCAGAGAGACUCAUUGGACACGAACCCAGCGGAGACACGCCUUUCUGUUCCCUUUCUCCAAUUGGACUCCAGCUUUAUAAGCAUCACGGUGGAUUCUGACCAAUCAGGAUGCGCGUUAUUGACGGACAACGAACCCGUCGAGGGGGAGGGGAGAGAAGGGGGAGGAGCUCGGAACUCUCAGUCUCUGCUGGGAUUGGUUCCCAACCCUCUCAGAAGGAGGAGCUUAGUGCGCAUGCUCAGCACACGGGAAGGAGAGGAGGAGGAGGAGACUCAACCCUGA